AUGGCCCCGAAGGAGCCUUUCAAAGUUCAUUCGCUUCAGAAGUACAUUCAGGAGGCCAACAAGGGCCUGACGUCUAAUCCCGUUCGCAAGAAGCCCCUCCGACCUGCGAUCAACAAGACCGUUCCAGCUGCUGCUGCCAGCAUCUUCCCCGACAACAGCGAUUCCGACUCUGGAAAUAGCAGCAGCGAAAGCAGCGGCUCGGAUGAUAGCGACUCGGACGGCCCGUCGUACAUGAAGAAUCUGACAAAGCCCAAGGUUCCGAAACGGCGCAGCAAGGACGAUGAGAUUGCCGAUAGCGACGUCGAGCGAACUUCCACUGCAGAUAAAUCGAAGCCGGCCAAGAAGACAUCUGCGUCUGUCAAGGUCAAGGCCCCCCCUUCUUCAGAUGAUGACCCGAGCGGGUCCGACCCGGAGAGCAGUGACAAGAAAGUGAGCGCCAAAAAGCCUGUACUUAAGCAGAAGGCCUCCAAGAAGACAUCUGCGUCUGUCAAGGUCAAGGCCCCCCCUUCUUCAGAUGAUGACCCGAGCGGGUCCGACCCGGAGAGCAGUGACGAGAAAGUGAGCGCCAAAAAGCCUGUACUCAAGCAGGAGGCCUCUUCGACCAGCGCAUCCAGUUCACCCAGUGAUAGCGGCUCAGAUUCAGCCUCUAGCUCCAGCUCUGAGGACUCUUCAAGUGUCAAGGAGGAGAGUAGUGAGAGCGAGGGUAAAGCCGCCCUCGCCAAACCGACCGCCCCUGUGAAGAAGCCUGCCAGCAAGACUUCUCCCGCCAAACAGCGCGAGUCUAGCAGCAAUGACUCAACCUCUGGAGAAAGCGAGUCCGAGAGCGAUAAAGAGUCAGAGCCUGCUGCUAAGCCAAAGAAUAAGCCAAUUGUCAAUGGUACCAAGCCCAUGACCGCGACGGCCGAGCCGACGGAAAGCAACGCUACAAGCAACGGCUCAAGUGAGGAAGAAUCCAGCAGUGGCUCCGAAGACGGUGGCGAAUCCAGCGACGACGAGGAAGUGGACGAAUCUAUGCACAUCGCAGAACGUGCGCAGGGGAGCCAGGCUGCACUUCCCACCUUCCUGCCUCCGGAUUUUGAGCUCCGUAAAAGCGAACAACAAAGCAAUGGCCAAGAUGUGGCUCGGGUUUGCAGCGAGGCCAAUCAACAGGGGAAGCAACUCUGGUACUUCACUUUGCCCGCUAAUGUUCCAGUCUCUGUUGUAGAGAAUCUUGAAUUCCCUCUGGAUUCCUCGCAGCAGUGUGGAAGCAUCUUGCGCCAGAAUGGUGAAGAUUACGGAGUCUCAUUUGACAGCAUGCCACCAACGAAGUCUAUUCAAAUUCUGAUUCAUCCUGCGGACGGUUCCACGUACGAGCCGUCUCGCCACGCCGUCAAUGAAGUCAUGCAAAUCCGACGCAUCACCGAAAUCGGUGUCACAACAGCCACGCCGGCGGAUGUUGGGUCGUCAGCAAAGAUUGCUCGUCCACAGCCCAAGGGUCUAACGGCGCGCUUUCGGCCGAUUGGUGUCAAGAGCGACGUGGGCACACACCAUCCCGAUGCCCACAGUGAGGAGGAUGUUGAGAUGAGGGAUAUAGAGCGUACUGGAGCUUCUCCGAAGGCUCGUCAGAAGAAGGACAAAAAGCGCAAGGAAGCUUCAGACCCCAAGGAGAGCACCAGAAAGAGCAAGAAGAGCAAAAGAGAUCACACUAUUUCCGAGGACAAGGAUGCUGCUGCUGCCGAGCAGCUGAUGAAAGAAAGCGUCUCUGCGUCAAGCAAGCCAAAAAAGCGGAAGACUGCUCCCAUUGGCAGUCCCGAUUUGGGUUCGGAAGGGGGGCAUUUGCCAGUCAAGCAGACACUUGUGGUGCCUCCUGCUAUUCCUACCUCAUCAGCUACUGUUCCUGCUACGCCCACACCCGCCAAGAAGACGAAGAUGGGCAAAUCAUCUGAAGACAAGCCAGCAACCCCUCUUUCGCAAGUGUCUAGCGGCGCCAAGAAAGAGACACCAGUUCCCGUGCCUGUGUUGCCUGGUUUCAAAAAGCCUGCCGCGUCACGCAAGACGCCGGUUAAGAAGAAGGCAACGCAAGAGACAAAGCGGCACGAGCAGGCAGAUCCUAAGCUUCCCUUGUAG